GCUAUGAGUUCCUGCAACUUCACACAUGCCACCUUCGUGCUUAUUGGUUUCCCCGGACUAGAAGAAGUCCAUUUCUGGAUCGGCUUCCCUCUGCUUUCAAUGUAUGCUGUGGCGGUGUUUGGAAACUGCAUCGUGGUCUUUAUCGUAAAGACGGAGCGCAGCCUGCAUGCUCCCAUGUACCUCUUUCUCUGCAUGCUGGCAGCCAUCGACCUGGCCCUGUCCACAUCCACCAUGCCCAAGAUCCUCGCCCUCUUCUGGUUUGAUUCCAGGGAGAUUGCCUUCGAUGCCUGCAUUGCCCAGAUGUUCUUUAUUCACGCUCUCUCGGCCAUUGAGUCCACCAUCCUUCUGGCCAUGGCCUUUGACCGUUAUAUAGCCAUCUGCCACCCAUUGCGCCAUGCUGCAGUGCUCAACAACACAGUAACAGCCCAAAUUUGUGUGGUGGCCGUGGUCCGUGGAUCCCUCUUCUUUAUCCCACUGCCUCUGCUCAUCAAACGGCUGGCCUUCUGCCAGUCCAAUGUGCUCUCGCACUCCUAUUGUGUACACCAGGAUGUGAUGAAGUUGUCACAAACAGACACAUUGCCCAAUAUGGUCUAUGGUCUUACUGCCAUUCUCCUGAUUAUGGGCGUGGACGUCUUGUUCAUCUCCUUGUCCUAUUUUCUGAUUAUACGAACAGUUCUACGACUGCCUUCCAAGUCAGAGCGGGCCAAGGCCUUUGGAAACUGUGUGUCACACAUCAGUGUGGUAUUGGCCUUCUAUGUGCCUCUCAUUGGCCUCUCAGUGGUACAUCGCUUUGGAAACAGCCUUCAUCCCAUUGUGCACGUUCUCAUGGGUGAUAUCUACCUACUCCUGCCUCCUGUGAUCAAUCCCAUUAUCUAUGCUGCCAAAACCAAACAGAUCAGAACUCGAGUCCUAGCUAUGUUCAAGAUCAGCUGUGACAAGGACCCUCGGACUGUGUGAAGCAGGUGACC